AUGGUGUUGCGCUACUUGCGAAAGUCUCGGCCUGAAUGUCAAGGUUCACAUCAAGUGGGCUGCCUGCGGGCACGGAUGCCAGUGCAAGAAGGAAAAGACGUUCAAGUUCAAGUGCAUUAUCCUGGCGACCACGCUGCCCAGCACUUGACGAACGAACAAGAGCCAUUGUUCCGACACGGAGUGCUGGAGAAUCUGGGUGCCAAGCAGGGGAUCCCCAUGUGGAUGUUGCAAUCCCUCUUCAAGUAUAGCAUGCAGCACGAUCCGCCCGUUGCACCAUCGACAGCUUCAAAAUGGCCAGUGGUCCUCUUCAGCAGCGGCAUUUUCGGCAGCUGCGAGAUGUACACUCAAUUCUGCAGGGAUUUGGCAUCUUUCGGAAUGAUUGUCUUUGCCAUGGAGCAUGAGGACGGCAGCGGUAUCUAUGCUUCAGACUCCAACGGCCAAGUCAUUCCCUACCUUGAUCCGCCCAGCGGUGCCGACAUCCAAAGCUUUCGCGAGCCGAAUCUGCAACAGCGGACGAAGGAGAUCGCCGAGAUGGCCCAGGCGCUGCAAGCGCUGCAGCAAGCGACGCCGGAGAGUGGGACACCCUUGGCACAGGUCCUGCAACAAGCUGACCCUGCUCGCAUGGCUUUGGUUGGACACUCCUUGGGGGCAGCUGGGGUUGUGAGAUACCUUCGCACAACCUCAGAGCAGGGAGAAGCUUGCCCCUUUAAGUUCGCGAUGUUCAUGGACCUCUGGCCAGAGCCGCUGAAGCAGGAGGACUUGGCCUUCGCCCCUCAGGUGGAUUUCGCCAUGAUCCUUUCAGGGGAGUGGAUGACAUUUUCUUCCUUCCUCUCAGGCAACCUCCAGAUCAUCUCCAAUAGCUCCAACGCCACUGCGCAGUGCCGAGCCGCACUGCAAGUUCCUGGCACGUCGCACCAGUGGAUUUCUGAGACGCAGAUGAUCGCACCCUUCUGGGUCCUCAGGAGGUCAGGCCUCAUGGGCAGCGGCGAUUGGCUUCGCUGCUACGCGGCAACGGCCCAGGCUUCAGGGCAACUGCUGGUGAGCGCUCUGGGAGGUAAAGAACAUCAAGACUUGGAGAAGUUAGACCCAGAUGUUCUGAAGAAGAUUGACUCGUCUGAGCGAAACGUCUUGUAA